AUGAGUAAAGUUGAACUGAUCACAAGUUACAGUAACUCGAUGCUAGCCCCAAUUUAUGCUGGCUCUGGUGCAGUUGCAUCUGUAUCCGAAGAUGGUACCCUGAUGGCCACACCUGUUUUGGAUGAGAUCAACAUUAUCCAGUUAAAACCUGAGCCUACCUUACUUCAUAAAAUUACCAAUGACGAUGAGCAAGACAUUACUGCAUUACACAUUACUCCAGACGGAAAAUUCCUUUGUUUUGUAUCUCAAGCUCAACUAUUAAAGAUAUUUUCUAUAAAGGAAGGUAAGAUAAUAAGAUCAAUGAAGACUUCAUCACCAUGCUACAUUAUAGAUACCGAUAGUACAUCUACAUUGGUCAGUGUCGGGGGUACCGAUGGUUCAAUAAUUGUGGUUGAUAUUGAAAAUGGUUAUAUAACUCAUUCAUUUAAAGGCCACGGGGGGACAAUUUCUAGUUUGAAGUUCUAUGGCGAACCAAACACUAACAACUGGCUUCUUACUUCCGGUGAUACAAAUGGGGUAUUGAAGAUUUGGGAUUUAGUGAAAAGAAAAUGCUUACAUACCACCCAAGAGCAUACAUCUGCCAUAAGAGGUCUCGACGUGCGUGAACUAAACAAGGAAUCCGAGGACAAUAAUAAUACACUUCAAUUAAUUUCAGGUGGUAGAGAUAAUAUUUUGAAUUUCUGGGAAUUUGAUACUAAGAAAAGAUGCAAACUAAUCAAGACCAUUCCAGUGAGCCAACAAAUCGAAUCAUGUGGAUUUGUUUCAAGUAACAUUGAUAAUGAUUUGGUUUAUACCGCUGGUGGUGAUGCUAUAUUCCAAUGUUUAUCUUUGUCAGAUGGUAGUGUUGUCAAAAGUACCAAGAAGCCAAUGGAAGAAUUGUUCAUAGUGGGUGUUUUACCAAUUUUGAAUCAGACAAAGGUAUACACUGUUUUGUCAGAUCAGACGAUAGAAUUACUAAAUGUCGAAGAAUCCUUACAAGAUAGAUCUGAACCGAUAAUUACUGCCGAAUCAUGUAUAGCCGGUAACCAUGGUACUAUUGCCGACAUGGUUUUUGUGGGUCCCAACCAUAAUAAAAUAGCAUUAGCAACAAAUUCCCCAACUUUGAGAAUUAUUCCAUCAUUAGAUAUGGAAUCCAAAUCAUCAGAGGAAAAAUUAUUAAUAAAUGUUGAUUUUUAUGAGGGUCACAGUGAUUUAUUGAAUGCUGUGACCUCAACUGAAGAUGGAUUAUGGAUUGCUACUGCAUCAAAGGAUCAUACUGCUAUUGUUUGGAAAUUCGAUGAAUCAAUUAAUAAAUUUGUUCUUUUCGCUAAAUUUGUUGGUCAUUCUGCAUCUGUUACAGCAAUAAGUUUCCCCAAUGUCAUUCUUCAUGGAUAUCCUGAAUAUCUGUUAACUGGCUCAAAUGAUUUAACUAUUAAAAAGUGGAAAAUUCCUAAACCAUCAACAAAUACAAGCGAAAAGGAAUCCUUAACGCAUACAAUAAAUACAUCUGAAUAUACUCGUCACGCUCACGAAAAGGAUAUAAAUGCCUUAUCUAUCGCACCAAACGAUUCUGUUUUUGCUACUGCCUCAUAUGACAAAACAUGUAAAGUAUGGGAUUUAGAAACUGGUAACUUAGUUGCAACGUUAGCUAACCAUAAGCGUGGUUUAUGGGAUGUCUCAUUUUGUCACUACGAUAAAAUCCUAGCUACCUGUUCUGGUGACAAGACAAUAAAAAUAUGGUCAUUGGAAACAUUUACGGUACAAAAGACCUUAGAGGGACAUACAAAUGCUGUUCAAAGAUGUACAUUUAUCAAUAAACAAAAUCAACUUGUCAGCUCAGGAGCCGAUGGUUUGGUUAAAAUCUGGGACUGCUCAACUGGUGAAUGUGUCAAGACCCUUGAUGGCCAUGCUAAUAGAAUAUGGGCAUUAAAUGCUAUCAAUGAUGGUGAAUUAAUAGUAAGUGCUGAUGCUGAUGGGGUAAUACAAUUCUGGAAGGACUGUACUGAAGCACAGAGAGAGGAGGAUCUGGAAAAGGAAAAAGUAAAGGUUGAACAAGAACAGACAUUACAAAACUACUUAAAUGAAGGUGACUGGACAAAUGCUUUUCUACUGGCUCUAAUGUUAGACCACCCAAUGAGAUUGUUUAACGUUUUAAGACAAUCGGGACUAAGAAGUGAAGGUGACAAGGCUGAAAAGGAUUCUAUCUUUAACAAAGAAUUAGAUGAACUUAUUUCAAAACUAAACCAUGACCAAAUUCUUUUACUGUUCAAGAGAUGCCGUGAUUGGAACACAAACGCCCGUACUCAUAGUGUUGCUCAAAAGACCAUUAAAUGCAUACUUCAGAAACAAAACAUAUCUGAAUUAAGUGAAAUUCCAGGUAUUAUCAAAAUUAUAGAUGGUAUUAUCCCUUAUACUGAAAGACAUUUUGCAAGAGUGGAUAACUUAGUAGAGCAAAGCUACAUUUUAGAUUACGCAUUAGUUGAAAUGGACAAACUAUUUUAA